AUGUCGCCCGCUAACAAUACUAGCACGGUCUUGGCCGCAGCGGGCGCUGCGGCCGCCGGUGUCAAUGAUCACUGGCCAGCUAUUGUAGCAAGCUCAGUGUUCAUUGCCUUUACGCUCAUUGCGCAAUACUUCUUCAAAGUCGACCCGUUGGCCGGUAUACCCGUCGUGGGGCAGGGCGGCAAAGCUAGUCGAAGACGACAGUUCGUCAAACAAGGAGGAGCAUGGAAACUUCACCACGAAGGCUACCAAAAGUUCAAAGAUGGGUUAUUUCGAAUUAUCACAGCAAGAGAGACUGAGAGCAUUAUCAUCUCGCCAAAAUUUCUCGGUGAACUGAGAAAAUUGCCUGACGAUGUGUUGAGCUUUACCGAAUCCGUGACCGAAAGCCUUCAAAGCAAAUACACUGGCGUGAAAGCCGACCUACCACAUGUUACCGAGACCGUGAAAACUUCACUGACUCCUGCAUUACCACGACUCAACCCGGAAAUUCACAGCGAAGUGGUAGAUUCCAUGAGGCUGGAGCUGCCGCAGUCGUCUACAUGGACCGACAUCAACUUGAACAGCAAGCUGCUGCGUAUCGUGGCCAUGGUCUCUGGUCGAGUCUUCGUGGGGCCAGAGCUAUGCCGGGAUGAGGGCUAUCUCGAUGCAGCCAUCAACUAUACAAUUGACCUCAUGAUAGCAGUGCACGUUGUGGCAUUUCUGCCUGUCUGGCUCCGGCCAAUUCUAGGGCCGAUUAUACCACCGGUGAGGAAAGUUCAUCGGCGCGUCAAGGAAGCAGACGAGUUUCUGCGUCCAGUGGUCACCGCUCGUCGGGAGGCAGAGAAAUUGCCAGGAUACAAGAAACCAGACGACAUGCUCCAGUGGAUCAUGAACUCCCAAGAUAAGUUCGGCGUCAAAGAUGAUAAAGAGCUUGCAUUCAACCAAUUGGGUGUUUCAUUCGCUGCUAUACACACCACGACUAUGACCACCACAAAUGCACUGUACACACUCGCCGCAAUGCCCGAGAUCGCCCCUAUGCUUAGAGAAGAUGUCCAGCAGGCCCUUGCUGCAUGUGAUGGGGUUUUUACUAGCUUAGCAAUGCAAAAUAUGAAGAAGCUCGAUAGCUUCCUCCGGGAAGUACUGCGCUAUUACCCAAUCAGCACGACCUCCUUCCAGCGUAAAGUAUUGAAACCAUUCACACUAUCCAACGGGACGACUAUCCCGGCAGGCAUUAUCAUCGAGAUUCCAGCAGCCGGAGUCUCGGGUGACCCAUCCAUCUUUCCGGACCCGGAAGUGUUUGAUGCAUUGCGAUUUUAUAAACUUCGCCAGUCCAAAUCCAAGGCGGAGUCAGGAGCCAAGGCUGCCGAAACCGUGGCUAAUAGCCAGUUUGUCAGUGUCAGUGCCUCCAGCCUCACGUUUGGCUACGGCAAACAUGCGUGCCCAGGCCGAUUCUUCGCUGCCAACGAGAUCAAAAUGAUCUUGGCAACUAUUUUGCUGCACUAUGAUAUCAAGUUGCCUGAUGGGGUAACAGAACGAUACCCGAAUCUGGAGAUGGGUGCUCAGUCUAUGCCGGAUCCUAAGAAGUUGGUUUCGAUUCGAAAACGUGAGGAUACUGCACCUUAG